AUGGAUAAAAAAACAUUCUUUUUCAGUAUUCAAAUCAUUCUCAUCCUAUCAACCGCCGCCGGCGCCGCCGUAUCAGCUGUUCCGACCUCGAACGCCGAUCAAGAAUCGCUAGUGGCCUUCAAUGCCUCGAUUACCUCGGACCCUUUACACGUCACGUCCCGAAACUGGUCCGACCGGUCUCCGGUCUGCUCGUGGGCCGGCGUCUCGUGCAGCCCCGGAUCAAGAAUCACCGCCCUCAAUUUUUCCGGCUACGGUUUUCGAGGCGCCCUGUCUCCAAACCUCGGCAACCUGACUUUCCUCACCUCGUUAGACCUCAGCUCGAACAACUUCACCGGCCCUAUACCAGACGAGCUCUCUAAUCUCGGUCGUCUGAGUUUUUUAAAUCUCGGGUUCAACGACCUCGCCGGAAAACUACCGUCCUGGCUGGGAAAAUCGCCCCUGCUCGAGUACGUUUAUCUGAACAACAACAAUUUUUCCGGAGAAAUCUCACUCGGGCCGUCCGGCGAUGGCCGUUCGAAGCUGAAAGAUUUGAACUUGGCAUACAAUUCGCUCUCCGGCGAUAUUCCCGCGGAUAUCGGUAACCUCACCGCCCUGGAGAGGCUCGACCUGAAGUACAACCAGUUAUCGGGUCGGAUCCCGGGCGGCAUUUUUAACCUGUCGGGUGUUCGGGCCAUCGAUUUGACAAGCAAUGUCCUGUCAGGCGAGCUGCCGGAGAAUAUAUGCAACGGUAUUCCGGCAAUCACCGGACUUUAUCUGUCGGCGAACAUGUUGGAGGGGCGAAUACCGUUUGAUAUUUACAAGUGUCAUGAGCUAGUCGACUUAUCUUUGUCGUUUAAUCAUUUUAACGGCAGCCUGCCGAGGUCGAUCGGGUGGUUGAGCAAAGCAGAGAGGUUGUUUCUUGGGACAAACAGCUUCAAUGGGGGGUUUCCAUUGGACGUACGCAAUCUCACAAGCUUGCAAGUCCUAAGCAUGCGAGGUGCAUCCCUAACGGGCGAAAUCCCGUUUUCGGUAUUCAACAUGUCGUCUCUGCAAACGCUCGAUUUUGCCAACAACAGCCUCUCGGGAAAUCUCCCGGAUGAUACUUACAUUAACCUUCCCAAUCUCCAGCAGCUCUUUCUUCACUCCAAUUUGCUCACCGGUCGAGUUCUCGACAAAUUAUCGAACUGCAAAAGCCUCUCGGUCAUAUCGUUGUGGGGUAACCAAUUCACGGGUCGCAUACCUAAGCACAUUGGGAAUCUAACAGACCUCAAGUACUUGUAUAUUGCUAAUAACAACUUUACAGGCGAAUUACCGGACGAGCUCGGAAGCCUUAAUUUCGCCGAGAUCAAUUUGCGCAGCAAUCAGUUAUCCGGGCCAAUCCCAUUUUCCAUAUCCAACAUGUCGGCAUUGCAGAUGAUGGAGCUCUCAUUCAAUCACUUCUCGGGCCCACUCCCUUCCACCUUCGGGCUUUUGCUGCCCAGCCUGAAGACGCUUUAUUUGACCGAAAACAGGCUCAGUGGGCCAAUCCCGAGAGCCAUCACCAAUGCAUCAAGCCUGACAAUCUUGAGUAUGGGCUCGAACUCUUUUUCGGGCCCAAUGCCGUAUUUCGGCAGCUUAAGCCUCUUACAGCGCCUCUUGAUUGGUGGAAAUAAUCUAACCGGACCGCGGUCUCCAAAUCAAGAACUUGGAUUUUAUACCUCGCUGACAAAUUGUCGGCAUUUGUUCGAAGUAGAAGUGUCGUUCAAUCAGCUGAACGGUAAACUUCCUGCUUCGAUAGGAAAUUUUUCCAACAGCUUUCAGAUUUUUCGAGCAUUCGGGUGUGGAAUAAGAGGUCCAGUUCCAGUUGAGAUUGGAAAUUUGACUAAUUUAAGAGAUUUGUAUUUGGACAGUAAUGAGCUGACAGGUCCUCUCCCGAGCUCGCUCGGGAAUUUAAAGCAAGUCAUACGCAUUUAUCUCGAGUACAACAAGCUCGAAGGGCAGAUUCCGAGCGAGCUUUGCCGAUUGAGCAAGUUGGGGGACAUUUAUGUGAGUCACAAUAAACUCGAAGGCCGAAUUCCCGCUUGUUUUGGCGAUUUGAAAUCCUUGAGAGGAUUGUAUCUCGAUUCCAACAGAUUGGAAAAUGAAGUGCCUUCGAGUUUAUGGCAGCUUAACGAUCUCUUGCGCUUAAACUUGUCGACUAACAGCUUGAGCGGCUCUAUACCGUCCGAGGUUGGGAAAUUGAGGGCUCUCGGAGAUUUGGACUUGUCGUUGAACAAUUUCACAGGCCGAAUCCCGAGCUCUAUUGCGAAAGCCGAGUCGUUGAUUUUUCUGUCGUUAGCUCAUAAUAGAUUUGAAGGGUCCAUUCCCGAGUCGCUCGGGGAGUUGAGUGGUGUGGAAAGCUUGGAUCUUUCUUACAAUAGCUUUUCGGGAUUUAUACCUAAAUCUUUAGAAAAGCUCGUUUACCUUAAACGCUUUAAUGUGUCGUACAAUAGGCUGGAAGGUGAAAUUCCCUCGGGAGGAAAUUUCAAGAUCUUCACUUCUCAGUCGUUUGUGAAUAAUAACGGUCUAUGUGGCGUGGCUCGUUUGGAUGUUCGACCGUGUGGAGGGACAAAGUCCAAGAAUGUAGCCGAAAAGUUGGUGAAAUUGAAAUACAUUUUACCUCCUUUCAUAUUAGCUGUCAUUUUGGCUAUAGUGGUUUUUCUACUAAUGAGAAGGCGUAAAACGACUAUAGAGAUGCCCGAAAACGAGACCUCGUUGCUCAAGACAUGGAGAGGGAGUUCCUAUUUGGAGCUUUUACGAGCAACAAAUGAUUUUAGCGAGAGAAACAUUCUCGGACGUGGGAGUUUCGGUUCUGUAUACAUCGGAACACUUUCCGAUGGCCUAACUGUAGCGGUCAAAGUUUUCGACUCGCACUCCGAAAAAGUGGUCAACAGCUUUGACCGGGAAAUCGAAGUCUUGAGCGCCGUUCGCCAUAGAAAUCUAAUCAAGAUCCUCGGCUGCUGCAGUAAUUUGGAUUUCAAAGCUUUGGUUUUGGAGUAUAUGCCUAAUGGGAGUCCCGAAAAGUGGCUGCAUUCGAAUGAUUGUUUUUUGGAACUCCUGCCGAGGUUGGAAGUAGCAAUAGAUGUUGCCUCGGCAUUAGAGUAUCUUCACACGGGACUCGAUUUUCCCAUCGUUCAUUGCGAUUUGAAACCGAGCAAUGUUUUGCUCGACAAAGACAUGACGGCACACGUUAGCGAUUUCGGUAUAGCUAAACUGUUUGGCGAAGGGGAGUUUAUGGCUCAAACGAGGACCUUAGCCACGAUCGGUUACAUGGCGCCGGAAUAUGGAGCUCAAGGAAUAGUGUCGACGAGUGGCGACAUCUACAGUUUCGGCGUAAUGCUUUUGGAAAUGUGCACGAACAGAAGGCCGACGGACGAGAUUUUCGGUGAUGAUAUGAGCUUGAAGAGUUGGGUGAGAGUAUCGUUAGACACGAACAAGAUAACCGAAGCUGUGGACCCGAGCUUUCUUGGAGCGGACGAUUUGAAUUUCUCGGGUAAAGAGCGGUGUUUGGCUUCUGUUAUGAGUCUGGCAAUGGAGUGUUUGGCGAAUUCGCCUUGGGAUAGGAUUGGGAUUAGUGAAAUUGUGGGCAGAUUAGAAAAAAUUAAAGCUGUGUUUGUAGCAACAGCUGAUAAGUUAGCAGGCAGCAAUGUUUCAUAUUUCAGAGCUGCUGUGUAG